AAAAAAAAGUUUAACACGAAUUCCAUUUUAUUCAAACCCAAUUCUCCUAUCCACAAAGAUGAAGUUGGUAGUUUUCUUCGCGUUCUUGCUCAUGUUUUCAUUGUGUUCUUCAGGGUUGAAGGAGGACCUUGGUGUUACUCAUAUUGAUCAAUAUUCCUCAGGCAAGGUUAAAGAGAGUAUUGAGAAUCUGAUGGACUAUCCAGAACCUGGUCCCAACGAACCUGGACGACGUUAUCCUGGACGUCCACAUGGACCACAUCCUCCGCAUCUUAGGAAGAAGAAGAAGAACCCAUAAUGGAGAACAAAUAAUGUAGUAUAUAUUGAUGAUGCAACGUUUUAUAAUAUACUGGAGAAGAAAUAUAUGUAAUAUUGAUUCAAUCCAUCCUUAAAAUCAUCAAUAAAUUCUAACUACUAGU